CGCAAAAUGCUCACCACGCGCCACCCACCGAAAUGGCUCGGCAACGUGACUCGCCCUUAUCAGGGAGGCAAAACGGCGGCUACUCUAGUUGAAAUUGGGAGGUGCGUCCUGCUCCUGGAAGCACCGAGGGCUGCUCCCCGGGCCGCCGCAGCCUAAACCUUCUGGGUCUGGUGCACAGGACGCCGCUCGCCUCUCCCCAGCCAUCUCCCACCCGGUGCCAGGGACCGUCCAGUGGAGUCGCUGCAGCGAUGGGGACCGACGCAGGCGCAGGUUACUUCCAGAGGGGCAAUCUGCUGUGGUUCACAGUCAUCACCGUCUCCGUCAGCUACUACACGUGGGUGAUCUUCUGGCCUCAGAGUGUCCCUUAUCAGAGCUUUGGACCCCUGGGUCUCUUCACAAAGUACCUGGUGGACCACUAUCACGGCCUGCUACGGCAUGGGUAUUGGCUUUCUUGGCUGAUUCAUGUGGGAGAGUCCGUGUAUGCCUUGGUAUUAUGCAAGCAUAAAGGAAUCACAGAUAGCCAGGCCCAGUUCCUGUGGUUCCUACAGACUUUCCUCUUUGGAAUGGCCUCUCUUUCCAUCCUGCUUGCUUACAGACCAAAGCACCAAAAACACAAUUAAAGGAGACAGCAAAAUUGCCUCCCCACUUCUUCAAGUCCUCCUUUCAGUGGGUCCUGGUUUCCGUGAUGACCUUUCUGUUUUCUAGGGAGUGUCUAUCAUAGGAAGCUGUCUAAGGCCCUCCAGUUACUUUUGUUUUGGGGUGCUCUGACCAACCUUGGAUAGACCAAUUGGAAUUUAAUAAAGUUAAGAAGGUCAAACUAGA